AACAAUACCUAAUACAACACAUUCUUUCAGACUAAGAUGGUGAAAUCUAGGGCUGAAAUCUGUAAAGAUUAUAGAAAACGACUGAAAGAAAAAGACAAUGAAGGGUAUCUUCGAAAAGAGCGCGAACGACGAAGAUCAAACUACAUUCCUACCGGUUUGUUAAGUUCCGCGGAAAAAACAGAACGACGCAAAAACAUAAGAGAAUCAGUCAAACGAUAUCGAGAAAAGAAAAAACGACUUACCGAGGAACAAAAUGUUAGUUCACACAACGAGUCGAUAAAUACCAGCGGCUAUGAGAGUGUGAAUGGGGCGAUUGAUACUUCAAACAAUAUGAUAGUAGCGAUGCAGUUCCCUCGAAGAGCGGCUGGACCAACCAAAAGGGUUACACGAGAACUAAAGCGUGCAAAGAAAGAAAUUACAGAGCUUAAAAGGGCAAAUAUAGAUUUAGCCAGAAAACUAAAGACUGAGCAACGAAAACGACAGCGAUUUAUGAAGCGCUUUCAAAGUUCCCCUCAAACGCCCAGGAGUAGCGCGGAGAAACUUAUGAACAGAGCGGGACUCACUCCUGCACAGAAAGAUAAGGUGAGGAAAGAAAUCAUAUUCGGAAAUGUGCUUUCCGCACAGCUACGCUCAAAGAUGGAAGAGCAUACAAAGGCGUCGAUAAAUCAAUUACACAGAAUUGUAGCCGGAAAAAUAAUCAGAAAAUACAGAUUCAGUUCAAUGCUGUCAAAAAAGACUGGCCUAAAUAAGAACACUAUUUCCAAAUACACAAAUUAUUCACAACCAAACCAGACGAAAGGGCGGAGGGUCACCAGAAAGUAUGAAAAGUUGAUAAUUGAAUUUUUUGAGCGUGACGACAAUAGUAGAAUCUCACCUGGAAAGGCUGAUUGUGUGAACACUGAUGGGGGAGCAAAGCAGUCUAGAGUGCUGACUGAUUAUCUUCAGAAUUUACACGAAAAGUUUUUAUCAAAGAAUCCAGAGUGUAAAGUGUCGUUUGCCACGUUUUGUAGAAUACGACCAAGAAACAUAAAAUUGUCUGCGUUCAUAUCGAGAAACAGUUGCCUCUGUACAAAACAUCAAAACAUGUCAUUAACGGCCAAAACACUUAAAAGAGAAGGGGUUUCCGUGUCUGUCAAUCCAGACGUGUUUGCAAAGGAUGAGAUCGAUAGGCAGACAGUUUUAGAUUCAUUAAAUGAAGUUGUAACUGUUCCACAAUGGAAACGUGUUGUCGUUGAUGACAGAGGGAAACAGAAGAGCGUUAUGAGAAUAACAGAUACAAAAAUGGGCAAACAGGAAUUUUUUGACCAUAUAGAAAACCAGAAACAAGACUUCAGCGAACAUGCUGCCCGGGUUAAAAACCAGUAUUUACAGAUGAGAACACUGAAACAAAACCUGCCACAAAAACAAGUCGUAAUCCAAAUGGACUUUGCGGAAAAUUAUGCUUGUCGCAGUUCCGAUGAAAUUCAAUCGGCCUAUUUCAAUCAAACAGGUGUUACUUUGCACCCUGUUGUCAUAUACUACAUGCAAAACAACGAACUGAAGCAUAAAAGUAUUGUCAUAGUAUCGGACACAUUAGCACACAACGCCCACACUGUUGUCACCUUCCUGGAUACCAUUCAAAAGGAAGUUAAGCAAAUGAUUCCGGACAUAGAAGUGUGUCAUUUUUGGACUGACAGCCCUACAUCCCAGUAUAGAAACAAGCUAAUCUUCGACGUGGUUGCUAACUACGAUACUAUUUUCGGGUGCCAGGCGGUCUGGAACUAUUUCGAAGCGGGUCAUGGGAAAGGACCAUGUGACGGUUUGGGGGGAACUGUCAAGCGUCUUGCUGACAAUGCUAUCAAAACAGGAAAAGUUAUGAUUCAGGAUGCUUCUGGCUUUUACAGUUGGGCAAAAGAAACGUCAAGCUUUCAUAACGUUGAAUUCAAGUUUGUGACUGACAAAGAAAUAUCGGACAAAACGAUAGUAAUUGCAAAAUAUGCUGCAAACCUGCGUCCAGUAAAAGGAACCAUGAAGCUACAUGCAGUAGUUGGCCAGGGUAACUUCAAAAUAUUCGUAAGAGAUACAAGCUGUUACUGUGUUGGGUGUCUUUCAGGGGUGCGGUGUGACGACUGGAGAGCAGAACAUACAAGAAAGCCGACACCCACAGCUGCUGUUACAGUUCAUGCUGAUAUUUUAAAUGAAAUUGAAGUAUCAGUACAUAUUGCUUCUGAAAGUGUCAUUGCCGAUGGUGAUUUAGAAGCGCCGGCACCGUCUGCUUCUAUCGGUUUGAUUGAAGAGGGUCAACCGGAACUGGAACCCCUAAUUGUCACAGAAACAAGCGCAAACAUUGGCGAGUAUGUGGCUGCGGUCUAUGAAAACCAGUGAUACGUCGGAAAGAUUGUAAAAGUCGAUGCAAUAGAAGGAGAAGUAGAAAUAAAGUUUAUGGAAACUAAAAAUAACGCAUAUCAAUGGCCAAAACGUGAAGAUCGGAUAUGGGUUUCAAAUGCCAAUGUACUUUGUACUGUGAAUUUUCCACAGAAAACAAACAAGCCAAAACUGUUCACGUUCUCUGACAGUGAUAUUGAGCGAUGCUCAAAAUUGUUUGAAGCAAGAAUUUAAAUCAAUGAGACAAUGAAAACAAUUAAGUCUUGUGUUUCAUAGAAAUUUUAUUUCUAAUGUAAUGUUCGAUACUUUUAUGAUCGUUGAAAACAAUUGUUAUAUUGUCAGUAUAAGUAUUAACACACAUACUUAUUUAAUUUCAGUCAUAUAACAAUAUUUAACGAAACAAUUUAACAUAAUUACGACAUACAAUUGUUUGCUAAUACAUUUUGGUAUGUUUCUGUAAUGUUCGAUACAGCUCAAAUAUGUAUAAUUGUUAAUGACAAUGCAUCUUGUAAUUGUUGUGUUUCAUGCUUGUAUACUGUAAAUUAUGUUCCCAUAGUUGCACAAAAAUUAUAGGACUUACUUUGUUUACUCUUUGAAUAUAAAAUUAUGUUAUGUUUACCGUUUCCAUAACAUUUUGUAAAUGUUUGAUACACAAUAUGUGAUAAAGAAGUAAUACCUAAUAAUUUGAUAAAAAAAUAUGUUCAAUAAAGAGCACUGCAUACGUUUAAAAAAAUUAAAUACAACAUAACAGUUAGAGAAUAGUUGGGUAGCCCUUUAUGUUAGAUUAACUAAUUGGAUAAAUUGUGGUAAUGUUCAAUAAAUGUGACAUGCAUAUUUCAAGUCAACAAUAUUGGCAAAUGAAUUCCAUUUAAGCAAAGUGUUUUGGUUUAUCACAUAAUACUUAUUUAGGCUUUUUCAUUAAAAUACUUUAAAACAACACAAUACAAAAUAUUAUAAAAAGUAAAUAAUUUAUUUAAGACAUUAGUUUUAUAAAAAUAACAAUACAGCGAUUGUCAAGAUAUCAUGCCGCUAUGGUGAAUAGAUUUUCGAAGUUGCCUUCGUCUGAAUUGGCUUAAAUACUGAUUAAAUAUGUCACACGAUGCAUGCUUUGUUAUUUGAACAAAAAUUGCCAGUGGCAUCAGCAAUCAUGAGUUGUUUGUUGAUAAUUGUGAUGCAACUAUACCAAAAUCGCGUACAUUACUUGGUACAUAAAUAGACAAAAAGUGGUGUGUACUCUAUGCUUCUGUAAUUUGUUAUAUGUCCGUUGGUGUUCAAAACCAAAUAUGUUUUUCAUAGUUCAAUGUUUAAGCUGUUACGUAAUGUCAAAAUAAAUGCGUUACAUUAAA